AUGUCGACAGAUAACAUCAACAACCCUGUAAUAACAGACGCCUCCACAGGAAAUACGUCUAACACGGAAAGGUUCACUCAGAUGUUGAGAAGGUCAAGUGCGAGAUUAAGAGCGACAUCCGUCCCAGCAUUAGAUUAUGAACAGACGGUGAAUCCCCCAUUGGAACCCAAACAGCCGCCUGCCGAUGAGGGGGCUCCGCCUACUGCGACGAGCAGUCAACGAGGUGGGAACCGAGGAAGAGGUCGUCGAGCUGCUAGAGGAUCGACUAGACCUACUGCCGAGAACAGGAGCCAAGGGGGUGGAACCCCGUCGGUAACACUCACGGUGCCGGGCGCCAACACGAACGGAAAUGCGACUUCUGGAGCGCCUCUGGCAUCUAGUCUUCAACCAGGAAAUGGUGUGUUGGCAAUCAGUCAAGUGGGCUUGGGUGCAACCCAAGGGUCGAAUCGUACCUCUGUCAUCCACCCGGCAGGCUCAAACUCGGCAGGGUUAAUCGCGGAAGAGAACGUUGGAGGCAAUACAAACGUCAAUAAAUCCCCUCCGCGCAGAAACACGACGUCUGCCGUGGUUAGCCCACCGAAGGGCAUGCACUCUUGGCUGAUCGCCAAUGGAUUGUCAAUAAUCAACGCUUCAGGCUCCGUGACACCUAAUGGAUUUACAACAGGACUUGGAUGCCUACCUAAGACUCCUGCCACUGCCAACCCGACUCCCAAGAAAGCUCCUUGUUUUGACUUAACCAACGAUACCGACGAUGCUACUCCAUCUUCGAAAGAAACUGAUAUGUCGAAGUCCACUACCAAAUCGAAACCAGAAGUCAGUGCCAAGGGCAUAGAAAACACUGGUCUUGUCAGUUUAUCAAAACAUUGGCACGACAAGCUCUCACCACUAGUAGGAUAUGUACCAUUAUCUAUCUUCAACAUCAAUUGGUUAAAAUUGGACCUGCUUAGGACUACUUCUCGUCCACGAACCUCGAAAGAUAAGGAUGACAAGUAUGUCGGCAUGGAAGUUCCCGAGGAGUGGAAGAUGUCCUUCGGAGAAUGGGUGACUGCUUUCGAUCUCUUCGUGGCCUAUCUGGUGCAUUACGAACAUGUCGGCCUAGCUAAGCGUUUCAAAGUUCAUAAGGAGAAUGUAUUCGCCAUUAUGAGAGAAAGGAGGAGUUGGCCGAUGGCUUUUCGGUACGAUAUGGCAAUACGGACAACAGUGCUUACGAUUCGGAACUCUGACGGCAAAUUAGCGGCUCCCGGAGACCAAAACAAAACGAUUGAGAGAGAUGCCCGUCUAGAGACAGAGCGUUUGGGCAACUUCGACCCCAGAUUCGCAGACUGUAAUCCUUAUGCAGAAGGCCAAGUCAAGUCCCACAUUAACCCGAUCAGCGGUGAACGGAUGCGUCACAACGAGAACACCUUUGGACCUACCAGGAAUGACCAUUUGAUGAGUUCUACUUACGGGAAGCCGAAUGCGAGAUCUUGGGCCUUUGCGAAUCAAGUGGUUUAUGACGGCCCAGGCGGCGUGAGCUUCAAUGACGCUGAAGAUAGAGGACAUGGUAGUCGUAGGAACCGUGGACGUGGUAGAGGUGGUCGCUGGAAUGGCGGUGGUGGUCAUGAAGCUUCACCUAGGGGUAGGCGAGGAAAUGACAAUUAUGACGAGAGAAGAGCUGAUGGAGGCGGUUCAUGGAAACGUGAGGAUAGGCGCGAUGACCGCCGAGGCGAUGAGCGCGGGCCUGUGGGUCCUAAGUUUGGCGGCCAAGGGAAGGAAAAAGAGUUAUCAUACAAUUGGGCCGUAUACCCUACGCUUUGGUUGUCCGAGGCGUGCAAUGUUCCUGUCGCAUACAACUUGACUGCUCCUGUCUAG